AUUUUCCUCAGUAUUAUGAACAAAUUCGAACAAUUUAGUGCAAAUACUAGUUCACAACACAACACAACACAAAUAUGUCCCAGAAAAUAAUAUAUCUAUUACAAUUACUAAUAUGCUUAGUAGGUGUACCAACAGUUUUCACAAAGGAAUGCUAUCAAUGCAAUAAUCCUGCGAAUUGCGUUUCGCCAUCAGUUAUUCAAUGUGAUCAAUCCGCCGCCAAUCGUACACGUGACGAAUUAAAACUUUACUUUCUUAAUGUACCCGAUAUCGUUUCAUCUAACUAUAUGUGCUUGCGUACUAACAGCACACAAAGUAAUGGUAUAUCAACGGAAAUACGCGGAUGCAUUUAUGAUGAAACUAAGGCUUGCAAUUUAACGCUAAACACGGCCGGAAGUUAUUGGUCCAGGAGUAAUUGUUUCUACUGCUCGACCAAUUUGUGCAACUCGGCGCCCAAUAUUGCUGGCUAUAGGAGCAGCGUGGCAAUCAUAGCUCUAAGUGUUGCAAGUUUACUUUUGACAAAUGUGCCAGGCUGCUAAUAAAUAAGAUUUUCGAAUUUAUUUUAUGAAGUUUAUAAAGUAAAUUUUUUUUUUUUUUUUUUUUUCUUGCAAAAAGUUUAAAAUGAAAAAUUUGAAAGAAACUUUAUGGAAUAAAGUUUAUGGAAUAUUUUGUAAAAUCUUGGAACGAA